CGUUUUCUGGUUAUUUACAAAUGGCGGCCAUCAUACCGGUGCCCGGCUCAAGUUAUUGCUACUGGAUUUGAAUUCUAAAAUAUAAAUUAAUUAACAAUGAAUCCAGCGCCAUUAAAAAAUCGAGCAUUGACACCCAAAAUUUUGUGGUAUCAAGACGACGGCUCCAUUGUCUUCAGAAUAAUGUUAAUUGACAUUGAAAAGUUUUAUCUAGAUGUUGAUUUGGAACACAUGAAAUUCAGUACGAUUCAUAAUGACAAAAAUUAUUACUUGUGUCUGUAUUUCUUUGGAGCUGUGGUACCUGAAAAAACUUCGGUGACUAAUUUGGGACGGGAAUUUCAGAUUAGAAUACCAAAGGCUUUUAAAUUUCUCAAAUGGCCGAGAUUAGAACUGAGUAAAUACAGAAACCCGCAGAUAACUAUUGAUAAAGAAAAAUUUGAAGAAACUGAAUGGAUGAUUAGAACGAUAAACCGUCCACCGUGGGACGAUUUUGAAGAAUACAAGCGACAGAAUAAUAUUACAAAUAUUAAACCAGGAGAUGAUAGUGAUGAUGAAUCAGAUGAUGACAGAGAUUAUGUUCUUAGUGAUUAAUUCACUAGAAAGUAAAGCGAGUAGAUUUGAACUUUGAAGUGGUUCAAAUUUAAAUUGUAUCACGGACAAUUAUAAAACAAACAAUUGAAAAUUUUAAGCGGUAAACAGCGCAAGUGCAAUUUUCAUUUAAUUAAGUUCAUUGUUUUGCGUACUAAUUAGUGCUGUGCUCACUAUUGACAAAUAGAAGUUAUUAAGCUCAUUAAAUUUUUAUAUUACACCAUUCUAAAUUAUAAUUGUUGAGAGCGCUCUACUUUCAUUGGAAAUUUUUCACUGGGCCGCUCACAUCAAAUCAUAUUUACAUUUUUCAAUUAAUUUUUUCUAUAAACAAAUUUCCAUAUUCACAAAAAAAUGUCAAUCAACUCACUUUACUUUCCAGGUUAAUUAUUUCAAAGGAAAGUUGAAAAAAAAUAUUAAAAAAUUAUGUUGUUAUAAAUGACAAUUUAUUUAUAAUUUAUUUAAAUGUAUUAUUUAUAAAUAAAGCAGGGGUCUGCGAAUAGUUCGAACUUACGAAUCAUCGAAUCAAACAAUUCGAAUUAUCCGUAAAUUUUUGUACGAUUUAAAAUUCUAAUAAUUCAAAUUUUAGUCAGAGGUAAAUAGAACUCAGACACAAAUCUACGAAAAAAU